UCAUCGCUGAUCAUACACCAAUCGGUCAGAAGCAACAAUUCAUUGUUGAUUGUCAAUUUGUGUGCAAUUUUUUUAUUGUUAUUAGUGUUUAUUCUUUUAUUUUUAAACAAAAUAGCUGCGAUAUUGUUGUGUAAUGUGUGUAACACUUUAAAAUAAAGUGCUACAACUAUAAAAGUGUAAAUAAAUUAACUAAAACAUUAAAUUGAUUUGCUUGAAAUACCAAUACGCAGAAGCAACAGGUCUCUGCAUAGCACAAUGACUACAACGUAGGCAAACUUGCGCAUCCGUAGCAUCAGAGUGGGGCAAUAAAAGGCAUGCAGUUAACAGCAGUACAAGAACAAGAACGAUCCAAACAAAAUUAAAACUACUAACUCAAUAACAAUAGCAACAUAUAUCAAGUAAUAUUAUUGCAGCGCAUAAAUUAGCCAAAUUCUACGGGUAACUAGCUGUGACUGUGGUGACGGCGACGCUAACCGCGAGACAGAGCAACCACAUAUAGACAUACUUGUAGCGCUGUUUGUUGGCUUUGAAGUUUGGAAUACCAUUAGCACAUGUAUGUUUAAAUCGAGCGCUGGAGUUGUGGUUUGUUCAAUUCCCGUUGUGCAUAAAUUCAUUAAGAAGUUACAUGUGCAAAAAGUGUAGUGUGUGCUUCCAAUCGUCUUAACGAUAUAUGAUGUGAGUGUGUCUUGCAAGCAUAGCAAAUUACAGAAAUAAAUACUUUUAUAUAGUUCUAAUUGUAAACAAAAGUUAUUGAGCGCUAACCGCUUGGCGUUGGCAACCCAAAAGCACUUGCAAUGCUAACGCUCCUCGGUGAAUGUCAUCUAUGGAGUGUACGCGAUGAGUUGCGCAUUAAAUCAACCGAUCUGGGCGCUUUCCGUUACACACGCAAUCGCGAGCUGCAACAACAGAACGCUGAGCUGACAGCGAUUGCCAAGCGUGAUUACACUGAACGGCGCAAUGGUGUGACGGUGCUCAAGAAUAGUCGCAAGGCACCGGGUCGUCUAAAGGAUAACAUUAAACGCUUGGAGGAAUUGCUGCGCAGUUAUAAAAUUGUGCAUACCGAAUGGCGUGAUGCCGCGCAAGUGUUGUUGCUUUUCGCCAAUGGCAUUAUUGCAUAUAUAUCUGUGGACGCGGCGACAGGUGACAUAUUGCGUAUGGUCUAUGAGAAGUACUUUGUGGGCAAGCUGGCGUCGGAAGUGAUCACCGACGCGUUUUUCACACGUACCCACAUCGUCUUAGCCUACAAUACGAAUCAGUUAACGGUGGUGCAUUUACAAAAACCGAAUACACGUCUGCAAGGACCUGAAAAAAUCAGUAAUAUGGAUCCACGCAUAUUUCAUGUGAUAAUACCAGGACCGUCAGAUCGUAAAUUAUCACGGCAUCUAAUCGUGAAUAGUAGUGCGGAUCUUUUUGUUAUAUGGACGAAAUCGUCGCAGAACGAAGUUUAUCCUUGGCGACCAACAAUACGUGAUCAAGAUCGUGCGAAUAUACAUGUAUUCAAAUUGAAGGGUAUGCAAAUAGAGUCCGUCUCGUAUUGUUGGUCUGAGAAUGAUCCACUCUCUGUGGAUUUUCUACGCUCCGCCGAAAGUCAGAUACUUACCGUAGAGCAAAAGGUAUCGCGAAAAGGCGAAAUAUCUGCUGAAGUAUGUACCUACGAAAUAAAUGCUGGCAAAAUGCAACGCGCAACAGUCACGUCAAUAGCAAUGGGCACGCAAAUCUGUUGUCACUCCUUCAGUCCAGAUCAAGAGAAACUAUUCUUGGGUUCAAUCGAUCGGAAAAUUUGUCUACACGAUCUGGUGCAGCAAGUUACUAAAGUAACAACACGAAUUGACAUUAUACCCACGCAAUGUGCCUGGCACUCGGAUAGCAGUAUUGUUAUGGUAGCUAAUGAGCGUGCGCAAUUUCAAUGCUUUGAUCUUGCGCUCACGCCGGUUGGUAAUCAAUUGCAGAGCGAAGAUGUUACACCGUUGAAUUUAUUGGAUCUUUCACACUACUUCACCAUACAACCGACCUUACUGCGCAUUGCAUUUAGUCACAAGCCGGAUUUGACGCAACGCUCGUUAGCGUAUGGGCAAACCGAUUGUUUGCUUUUGUUGCACUUCGAGCAGGGCCCUUUGGGUUGUUUGCGUUUGUUCGCCGGCGCCGGUAUGCGUGGUGACAUACACAAUUCGGGCCUGACCGCCGAUGUUUUAGUUGACAAAUAUUUAUCACUGCAUCAACUGGAGAAAGCGGUGAAUUUGCUAAUGGCAAUCAACUGGGAAACCUACGGCGCCAUGUGUCUGAUAUCAUUACACAAAAUCGCUAAUUACGUUUUCUUUCGUGGCGAGGCGAAGCGCGCACGUGUAGAGUUGCUGGGAAAAGCAUUGAAGACAUUCAGCGAUGAACUUUCCGAAGAGACAAAAGACGAGUUUAGCGAUCAGGUGUUUGAUUUGAAGCGACGCUUUUUCUUUUAUCUACUGCGAAAACAAAUGUAUGCAGCGGCGUUUGAAAUUGCUGAGGAUAUCGAAGAUUAUGAUCUUUUUAUGGAUUUAUUCAAUGACACCAAAACGAAUGUAAACUUGUUGGAAUUCGCCACUGCCGCUUUCAGUCAGGCAGCAACAAUACUGCAUGAAGAGGAGGGACAUGGUGCUGUUGUUGUUAACGGUGUGCCGACUAGCAAUCUGAGUACGAAUGCUGAUUAUCGCUCAGAAUCGGCGUGCUCACAAUCAACGUAUGCUGACUUACAAGUUGUGCAGCGUAGCAAACUACAACACAACAACAAAUAUACAAAGGAACAUCUUAAGAGCUAUGUGCCACCAUUGCCAUCAUUCAAAUCGAAAGUAUUUAAUGCCGAAAUGAUAAAAAUUAACAUUCCAAAACCAGAGUUGCGCACGGAGAGUACGCAAGAUGUAAUACGUACACGUGCGCCACCACCACCGCCGCCCUUGCCUGCAUUGCGUAGCCUGAAACUAUUACAAAAUACAACAACAACAAAUGCAACAGCUGUAAGCAGCACACUUGCUGAGCUGUCCAUGAAAAGCGUCAGUGAUUUCAAUAAUACGGGAAUGGCUCUCUCUAUAACUCCACCCGUGACACUUUUACCCUGGCAACAACAACUACCAGCCGAUGCAAUGACACCAAACAGUAUAAACACAACAACCAACGCAUUGCUGCCCAGGCUUACCACCAGCGGCAGUAGUAGUAGCGCACACACACAAUUAACGGUUAAUUCAACACACAUGCAAACCAUCAACACUACCAACAAUUCGAAUGCGUUGCAUCAUGCCACACCCGCAGUGAUCACUGAGAAUUCCUUGCCAUUACAACAAAAACAUAUGCAACCAUUGCCACCAACUGCGCUUACCCCUCCCUCGAUUGCUGGCGUAUCGGCGUUACAAGCUGGUAACUAUAAGCCAAAAUAUUAUCAACAUCCUUUGGUUUCGGGCACAAUACCACCAACUUUGGUUGUGACCACAAAUAGUGAGGAACAACAAAAGCGUUUGUUGCAGAAAAAGCCCACAGCGUCAAUACUCUCGAAUAGUUCAACACAACAACAUAACGGUGCUAAUUUGGUGAAUGGUGGCAGUGGUGGCGCGUUUGCAAAUGGCUUGAAUAAAGAAUUACAAAGUGUUGGUGGCAAUAGUCGCAAUGCCGCGACAGGCGAAAAGAAUAAAGUGAAGUUCUCCGAUACGGUGCAGGUCGCCGUAGUGCCGGAGAUUCCGCGUAAGGAAAAACCACAACUGCCGAAGCGUAAUGGUUAUUCACGCCCCUUACCACGCAAUAUUACGAAUCCGAAGAAGGAAUUAGCUGAUAGCUUGCCGUUAUGUCAUCCACAUGAUGAAUAUUUAAAAGAUUUCAAUCCCUUAUCAGCAGCUGAUGAAUUGCCGCGUCCGCCCGUGCGUUCCUCAAAUCGUGAAGAAACCUCAAAAUCACGCAAAUCGAAUAAUACAUCGCAGCCGGCUAUUAAAGUGGUGCACUUUGGUGUUGUCUAAGUAAGCGCAUUUUGUUUCAAAUUCUCACUCUUUGACGCUAACGGUGCUAUUCAGCAUUACUUUAAUGGAAGUUGUGCAAAACAAAACGUUCAUUUAUGCUAUACAUAUGUAGUUUUAAGCUCUACACACUAUUUGUGCCUUCUUGUAAUCAUUUUUUUUUUCGUAUACACUUUGUUACCGCGUUUGUUUUCGCGUUAAAUUUCGUUAAAGUAACUACAUUGCCGUCCAGUAGUGAAAGCUUUAAAUAUUUAGUACAUUCCAUUUAGUUAUUAAGCUGAAUUUAGUAUUUUUAUUCACUUUAGUUUGUGUAAAUCAUGUGAAUGCCACAAAUAUAUGCAUGUACGUAACGUAAACAGAAAGAAAACCCA